AUGUGAAGCAAAGAUGUGAAUCAACUUUUUUUUCUUUUAUUGAAAAAUAUUAAAGAAAAUCAAAACUAGAAGUUAUGAUGUACACGGACACUGAGAUUUUAAAUAAAGGGGAUGAUACUUGAGUUGAGUUUUGUGCUUCACAAAAACAUUUUUUUUCACUUUUUUUUAGCUCAUUAAUUUGCAAAUAGACAAGUUUGCUCUACCAGUCAACUGAAAGAGUUUUUAUGUCACUUCCUGGACAUUCUAAUCUAGAUAAAUAUGCUGUACUGCUUCUCUUUAUGACUAUAAUGUCUGCUGUCUUUGUCUCAGUCAUCUGGACAUUACCUGUGACAAAAAGCUGCAGCUUAGCGCCACCGUGUGGUUAAGGAAAGAGUUACAAAAGAGAUGAAUAGUGAUUGCUUUUUCCCUCAACUCAUGCCGAUUGAUUUUAGCAGGAGACAAAAACCUGGAGGUUUACUGUUUUUAAAGAUUCCUCACCGUGCACUCUUGAUGUGUCACUCCUUCUGUGCACCUUCAAAUAUUGCAGCAGCUUCAUAGUGAAAAAUAAAUAAAUAAAUAAUGGAAUCAACAGUAUUUCCAUCACUGAUGUUAAUAGUCUGCAGUGUCAGGAGGUGAUACUCUACAACCAAGGCUCCCCAGGUAACCGAAACCUGACACCCCACUGUUACCAUGGCGCCGCUGAGGAAAAGCAAAGGCUGUUGGGAGUUUUAGAGGACUGCACAUGCAGGUUGUUGAUUUCUUUCAGAAUCAGCAGAUGGAGAAAAGGACAUAUUUCAAACCUAUUUUUUGAUCUUCCCACACCUGAGCUCACCUGUGUGAUGUCAAAACAUCAGUUAGUAAAAGCUUCAGGUGGAAAGUUCUGAUGGAUCGACAGGAGGGAUCCUGAACACACUUUUCGGCCUUUUGGGUCUUUUCAGUGUUGGAGGGGGCUGCCAGAAGCCUCUGCAAGCCGAAAGACGGACCUCAGUGCUGAUUUGGUGAGCCCCACCCCUCCCGGCGGAGGAGGUGGAGUUGAUCGGGCCGAGGGCGGACGGGGAGACGGGCAGCUGGUGCAGGAACUGUGGUUCAUCGUCGUCAUGGCGGCCGUCGCCCUGCUGCUGCUGGCGGUUGUGUUGGGCGUAGUGCUUCACAAGGCUUUAGGCAAACCUCACCUGCCCCGUGAAAGACCCCCUCUGGUGGCCGUCCCCAUGCAGACGAGGAGCCCAAUGGCCGUUUAUCCUCCCAGCAACUCUGUCUUGUUCGACACCGUCCCUGACACAACGGGCUUCUCCAACAGUGUGACUCUCAAAGGCUUCACCAUGAAGAUGGAGGAAGUCCUGGAAGCCAAGUGUGAGCCUGAAGACGAGGUUCCUCAGCAGCUGAGCAUCCUCAGCGGGACGUCCCUGAGACGCAGCAUCAGCCAGCUGAUGGACGGGAAGUCGCUGGAGGACGACGUGUGGGACCCCAACAUCUCAGGCCAUGACAGCGGGAUGUUCAUGGACGAUGAGGAAUUCGUCGACACCAUCAAGGGUUUUAGCACGGUGAGGAAGGAGCACACCAUGUUCAACGACACCAAUCUGUGACCACGCCGUGGAUUUUCAGCAGCCUGAACGUCUCCAUACGGAUGUUAGCAUCCCUGCAGCGAUUGAGGGGCGGGACUAAUGAAAGAGACAUCAGACACUGAAACAGGUGCAAAGAUGGAGAGGAAAGUGGAUAAUGAUCGUUUUAGGAGAAACAGUCGACACUUUUGUAAAGUCAAGAAAAAAAUGUGAAAAAAAAGAUUAAAAA